AGUAUAGGAGUACCGAGAGGAGGAGAAAAGAGAAGACCAGAGUAAAGAGGAAAGGAGGAAUGAGAGGACAGGAGAGCAGAUGGGCUCUUCAUAUUAUUAACAUGAAAACAGCUCAGGCAUGCUGAUAAUGAUGGUGAAAACUGGGAGGGAGGUACAGAUUGAUGGUUUCACUGAGCAUUGCAUGACCUUCGGUGAAUUUGCUGGGACCUCCACACUUGGGAAGAUCGUUGGAUUGUGUUAGCACUCAUCUAAAUGCUCCCAACCAGCAAACUGGCAAACCUAUAGAGGUUUAAGAAUUCAGGGAAAUCCUCCUUAUCAUGAGGUGCUGAACUGACUUCUGCAGGAAAAAUAAUAACCACAACAUGAGUGCUCCAACAACAGGAAGCCCAAAUAUGGAGGUGAAGGUGGUGUCCCAGGAGAUGGCAUUGCUUAGCAACAUACUGGCUGCUUACACCUUCAUUGCAGACCAGCCCGAGAGGACAGCGCUGGUGUUUCUUGGCGGCGUGUGCAUUGGCCUUCUUGUCACACUGUGCGCCAUCGUCUUCCAAAUACACUGUCGAGCAGACUGCCACUAUGGCAACACUAACAAUCUUCCCCAUCGCCCAAGGAACAGACUCCAACAUCGUCGGCAUCACAGCUGUCCCCACCAUCAGCCCGCAGACAGCAACCCAGACAAUACUGCCGUUGUCCCCUCUGGAGAGACUGGGCCCACUGGGGACAGCGAGUCUGAGGAGUGGGAUGACACAACUGAUCCAUCAGCCCGGAGACGCAGACGCUUUGAGAGAUCCCUACUGCACGCCACCAUGUUCACAUCAGCUGAGGAGCUGGACCGGGCCCAGAGGCUAGAAGAGCGGGAGAGGAUCCUCCGAGAGAUCUGGAUGAACGGACAACCAGACAUCAGCACAGUCACUCAAAGUCUCAACAGAUAUUAUUGAAACAACAGUAAACAGAGAGAGGCGCAGACUGAGAUACAGACUGAAAAAAAGAAGGAAACAAAGAUAUAUACAGGCUAGCUGAUGGAUGGAAGGUGAUCUAAUAGCUACAUAGGUGAAUAAAUACUGUAUGACAUGAAUAGCCAUCAGCUCACUGGACUGAUGUAUUGCACCGAUGUGACUCUUGUGAAACUGUCACUGACAGAAAUGCCUGGAGAAGUCCUUCUACUGUGUAAAUUAAUGAAAUCAUAUGAGCUGCGAUGGUUCAGUCAUCCAACAAGGGACGGCAAUGACAUUUUUGGAAGAAGAAUGCCCCGAAAAGUCAACUGGUAGAGACACAAAGAGCACAGAUGACCACCACUGCUGCCAUUCGUAGCAGAUAUUUCAGAGAAUCUGCGAUAUGUAGCUGCUGCCAUAAAGUCGCUGGGAUUUUCUAACUUUUCUAUCAUUAACAAGUGCUUUGAGAAGUAUAGCAAACAGAGGGCAUAACAGAGGCUACAGCUGUGUGUGAGUGUACAGUCUGAAAUGAAAUGAUGAGAUUAAGAAAGGUUUCAGUUGCUUUCUUAUUUACACGGGGUCACCAAAGCAAGGAUCUUGGCUUGUUAAACUGAUCAUAAUCCAACCAUCUGUACUGGACAGUAUCAGCUUUGUUAACAGCCACUUUUCUAUCGGUGCAUUAGAUUACCAAUUUACUAAUGGCAAUGUUUUUUAUUUAAUCUCUUAACUUAAUGAUGACUGAAUUUAAACAGAAUCUAAUGAAAGAUUUUAAACAAUAACGUAUUGUUUAAUUAUUGUCAAUACUAUUUUCUUUAGUACUUUGUUUUAAGGCCAAAUAAUCAUAACAAAAGCAAAAACAUUUCAUAACAUUUGAGUUAAUUUUCAAUCAGUGGCUCUCAAACCUUUUCUGACACGCCCCACUUAGUCCUAGUACACUAACAUCGGGUGAUUGUCAUCCAUGUAGCUAUGGUCACAUGAUUUUUAUUGUAUUGCUUUAGAGCCUUUUUAUAGGGUCCCUCAUGAUACCUUUUUUUUUGUUUAAUCCAGUAACUCAAUGCUCCACAAGUGGGAUCUACCCACAGUCUGAGAACUACUUUCUUAAACACUGGUAUCAAGAUAUGGUCCACAUUUUAGAGUUUUUGCACUUUUCUCAUCUACUCUUAUUUGUUUGUUAACCUGCUAAAAUCCCACUGUGAGUUCUGGAAACUGUAGAAUUAAAGGCAACAGAAGGGAAAAAGUGUAAAUGUGGUGAGAUAGAUCUAAAACUUCCACUCUACAGAGCAGCAUAAUAACUCCAUGCACAGAUGGAGAUGUACUGGUGCUUAUAUUGCUAGAAUUCUUAAUCUCCUAAUGACUGUGUACUAAUAAUUAUGACAGAAAUGGCUUAGGAUGGCAGCUAAUGAGCUGCAGGUCUUUUUGCACAUCAGACAAUGUAUGAGCAGCUCAUGCUCCAUUUAAAUCUGUGUUGAAGAGUUGAAAAAGUGAAUAAACUUUCAUUUCAGUGUUUUAUGAA